AAAACAAGAACUUUCGGAAGAAGGCUUCGGGAAAAUCUCCGGCGAAACAAAACCCUAGCGUCGAGCGGCGAAGAUGGGCGUAGUUGAUUUGAUCACUAGGGUUAAUUCCAUCUGUAAGAAGUACGAAAAGUAUGAUCUCAAUAAACAGAGAGAAGCUAAUGUCUCCGGCGACGAUGCUUUCUCCCGCCUUUACUCCGCCGUCGAAUCUGCGCUCGAAACUGUUCUUCAGAAAACAGAGGAUUUAUCGUCUGAGACGAACAAAGCGAAAGCUGUAGCGAUGAACGCAGAGAUUCGAAGAACGAAAGCUCGAUUGCUUGAAGGAAUUCCAAAACUUCAGAGACUUGCUCUCAAACAGGUCAAAGGGCUUUCAAAGGAAGAGCUUGAUGUUAGGAAUGAUUUGGUUUUGUCAUUGAGAGAUAAGAUUGAGGCCAUACCAGAAACCUCUGCUCCUGUUGUAGGUGGUUGGGAAGCUUCAACAUCGUAUUCGAAUAUCAGAUUCGAUACUAAUGUCUCAGAUCACAGAAUUGGUAGUGAAUAUUUCGAGCCAACCGGAGAGUCUGAUCAGUUUAAACAAGAGUAUGAGAUGAAAAGAAUAAAACAGGCAAGUGAUCAAGGAUUGGAUUACAUAGCUGAAGGACUGGAUACACUCAAGAAUAUGGCUCAGGACAUCAAUGAGGAACUUGAUAGACAAGAACCACUCAUGGAUGAAAUAGAUACAAAGAUUGACAAGGCAGCUACUGACUUGAAAAGCACCAAUGUGAGGCUUAAGGAUACUGUAACAAAGUUGAGAUCCAGCCGCAACUUCUGCAUAGACAUCAUCCUCUUAUGCAUACUCCUGGGAAUCGCUGCCUUCAUUUACAAGUAACCUUCUUUUUUUUUUUUGUUCAUGAGCUCCUACUUCAAAGGAAAAAGGAAUGCUUGACGCAUAUUACAACUUGCAACUCACAUCCAGCCAAGUUCAGAUUUGUUUGGUGAUGCGAUUCAGAUAAUCAGAUGCCAAACAAUUUUGCAUUUCAUGAUGUGACUUUGAGGUGGAGCCAACCACUACAUACCUCCCCAUUCUAACUGUGCAACUGCAAGCAAUGUUCUCGGAGGUUCUUGUGCUGCUAACUAUAACAAUUUACAAAUACAUUAUAAAGCAUAUAUUCCUAU